CAAGACCAUGAUGCCACAAGCCUAUAACUCGUUUCUCUGAUAGUCUGACUAGAGUGUGCUAGGGUUUUCUUAAGGAAAAUGGUCUUUUGGAUCCUGGAUUCUUGAAUCAAUGUUUGUCUGAAAAUGAAUCCGAUUAUUAAAUAGUCGAUUAUUGCGAUUUAGUUCUAUGGUUGAAUUGAUUCGUUCGACCUUCUUUUGUGUGUAUAUAUACGUACACAUAAACAAAUCAUGCAUUUGAUUGUAAAACCUUUUAAUGUCAUCACACGAUUUUGAGAUUUGAGAGAGAGAGCAAGAGGGAAAUUAUCAUUAAAUAGAGGGAAAAAAUGAGCGGGAGUUUGAGUUCGGGUUACAAAGAGUAUAUGGCGGGUAUGUUUGCGGGUGUUGCCACUGUCAUCGUUGGUCACCCAUUUGACACCGUGAAGGUUAAGCUCCAAAAACACAACACAGAAGCAAAUGGAGUGAGGUACAAAAAUGGUUUUCAUUGUACUGCGAGAAUACUAAAGACUGAAGGAGUGAAAGGGCUUUACCGCGGUGCAACACCUUCUUUCCUGGGAAUGGCCUUUGAAAGCUCACUUGCCUUUGGAAUUUACUCUCAGACAAAGCAGUUUCUGCAGGUAGGAUCACAUAGCAAACAGCCACAGUUUAGUGUAAUAUUUCCCUCUGGGGCUUUUGCCGGAGCCAUUAUUAGCUUUAUACUAUGCCCGUCAGAGUUGGUAAAGUGUAGGAUGCAAGUUCAAGGCGCUGACUCUUUGCUUCCAGGCUCCAGGAGAUAUGCUGGUCCUCUUGAUUGUGCCCUGGAAACAGUAAAAAAUGAAAGGCUUACAGGCUUAUUUCGAGGAGGAUUCACAACCUUCUUAAGAGAAUCUAUGGGAAAUGCAGUCUUUUUCAGCACAUACGAGCAUGUACGCUAUCACAUGCACCGAAAAUUAAGAGAUUCUUCAUCUGGUGUAACUGGUUUGGUGGACAUGGGAAUUGGGAUUGUUAGUGGUGGCCUUGGCGGCAUAGCAUGUUGGUCUGCUGUUCUGCCAUUGGAUGUGGCAAAAACCAAAAUUCAAACUGCUCCUGACAGAAACCAUACAAGAAAUCCUUUUCGGAUUUUAAAAUCUAUUUACAGGAGGUCUGGACUUAAAGGAUGCUAUACAGGUCUUGGUCCCACUGUAGUUAGGGCAUUUCCUGCUAAUGCUGCUGCAAUUGUCACAUGGGAGAUGGCUGUGAAAAUGUUGGGAAUCCGCCAUGACUAAACCUAUUUCUCUUGUCGUGGACCUAACUUUGCUAAUGGUUCUUGGCUGGCAAAUUGAUGAUUCCACUGGAACUGUACUGAAUGAUGCAAUUAAUUUGAUUAGAAGGUGUCAGAAGAUGAGACAAACAGAAGUCUAGUUGAAGUCCCUAGAGACAUGGCUCAUAGACGAACGCUAUCAAUUUUAAGGUAAUGCUGGAUUGUUUUCAUUUUUGGAUUGGCUAAGAAUUGUUUAAGCAUUUUAAGCAGGUUUCAUAUAGCUUAUUCCCACGAUUAAUUGCCUGUCUUUGUGGGUAUAGUCUUCAUCGGAGGAGUCUAUUUAUAUGUUGUCACUUAGUGAAAAAGGGUCAGCGCUAUGGCCCCCGAUCCAAAAUUGACCAUGGACAUUUCAUAGCCUAGUUAAAUUUUAAGAUACGUCCAUUUUGUUCAAGCUUCAUAUUUUGCUAAAACUUAAACUGUAUUGGUUAUUUGAUUAUUUCUUUCUGUUGGGAUUGAA